AUGCUGCGGCACCGGCGCUGCCGCCGGAGCAGCCAAAUCGGUGUCCCUCGUUUCGUGCGCGUCAAGGUCGCCAUCAUAGCCGCCAUCCUCCAUGCCUACCAGUACGUGAACCAGCUGCAUCUCUACAUUCGCCUCGCUCUGUACGGCGUCCACAUGUACUGCUUCUUGGACUUCCUCCUCCCCUGCAUCGCGGCAGCCGGCGGCGCGCUCGGCAUGGAGAUGGAGCCGCAGUUCGACAGGCCGUACCUGGCGUCGUCCCUGCGCGACUUCUGGGGUCGGCGGUGGAACCUCAUGGUGUCGGCCAUCCUCCGCCCGUCAGUCUACGACCCCGUGCGCGCGCGCCGGCCGGAAGGCACCGGCCGUCCUGGCCACGUUCCUCGUGUCCGGGCUGAUGCACGAGGUCAUGAUGUACUAUCUCACCCUGCGAUCACCCACCGGUGA